AUGUGGGCUGCCCUAGGCUGGGCACCUGCCGCCAGUCGUAGCAUCGCCCCGCCGGAGGGCACGUCGGAGUUGGUCGCCAAGGCAGUCUCCGGAUCACACGUGCUCACCGUCAAUGGCUACUCCCAGACCAAGGGAGUCGUCUAUGGCGACUUCAUCACUGCCGCCACGUUCGCCGCCGCCGGCCAUCGCUGGUCCAUCCUCUACUACCCUAAUGGCAAUUCCUACGAUAACAGUGAUUGCAUAUCCUUGUAUCUCAAGAUCGAUCCCAGUACCUGUGGUCCGGACGUCGUCAAGGCACGGUUCAGGUUCAGCUUGCUUGGCGAGAACGGAGAACCGGUGCCAGGGUACAGCAAGAGCAGCGAGUUCUUCGCUACCAUGAUCGAGAAAAGAGGCAUCGACAGGUUUAUUAAGAGCUUCACAUUGGAGCUUUCCGGCUGCAUUAUAGAUGACUGUUUCAGCGUCAGGUGCGACAUCACCGUCUUGAAGGUGAUCCAUAAAGACAAAGGUGUGGCCGCCGAGAGGUUCGUUGUUGUGCCGCCGUCCAACAUUGAUAAGGAUCUUGGCCAUCUCCUAUCCAGUGGAAAGGGGGCAGACAUCACGUUUGUGGUCGAUGGCGAGACGUUUGCGGCGCACAGGAACAUACUGGUGGCUCGGUCGCCGGUCUUUAUGGCAGAGUUCUUCAGCCCGAUGAAGGAGAAGGCCGCGGAGUGUGUUCGCAUCGACGACAUGGAAGCCAGAGUUUUCGAGGCCUUGCUACACUUUGUGUACACUGACUCCCUGCCUGAGAUAGACCAGGGUGCAGCCAUGGUCAUGGCGCAGCAUUUACUCGUGGCGGCAGACAGAUACAGUCUAGAGAGGCUAAAGCUGAUAUGUGAAGACAAGCUUUGUAACUACAUUGAUACAACCACUGUUGGAACAAUACUGACGUUGGCCGAGCAACAUGGGCGUCACGGCCUUAAGAAGGCGUGCUUUCAGUUUCUCAUGUCUGGUAACAACCUGAAUGCAGCCAUAGGGACUGAUGCCUUUGACCACUUGACGAAUAGUUGUCCAUCCGUCCUCAAGGAGUUGCUUGCAAAGGUCACUAUCUGA